AUGACCUCCGCAAAACUAGCUGACCAGCCUCCCUCAGAACGUCAAUUAGAAAAGAGACUAUGGUACCGCUCGUCCCUCUUCAAUGCCUUCGUCAUCGGCGCAGUAGGGUUUCUAGCCCCCGGCAUGUGGAAUGCUAUGUCCUCCCUAGGUGCUGGGGGUGCAGAGUCGCCUUUUCUGAUUAAUGCUGCCAAUGCCUUGGUCUUUGGUUUGAUGGGAAUCUUCUGUUUACUGGGUGGACCAAUUGCAAAUCGUAUAGGGUUGAAAUAUACUUUGACGCUUGGGGUGGUGGGAUAUCCGGUUUAUUCAGCGGGGCUCUAUGCUAAUAAUCGAUAUGGUACUGUUUGGCUGGUUCUUGUUGGAGCUGUGACAUGUGGUAUUUCGGCAGGACUAUUCUGGGCUGCUGAGGGGGCAAUUGCAUUGGGAUAUCCCGAACCGGCGAAAAGGGGGAAAUAUAUGAAUAUUUGGUUAUGGUUUCGUACUGGAGGACCACUGGUUGGCGGAGCUAUCGUUCUAGGACUUAAUCAUGCGACUAGCCAGAAAGAAAAGGGAAAAGUUGGAUAUUCUGUAUACAUUAUCUUCAUCACCCUCCAAUGUCUCGCUGCUUUCAUUGCUCUCGCACUCUCUUCCCCAGAAAAAGCCCAAAGAUCCGAUGGUUCAAAGAUCAAAAUUAUCGCAGAAGGGUCUUUCAAAGCGGAAAUGAAAGCACUCGCAAAGACAUGCGCAAGACGUGAUAUUCUGCUUCUAUUACUUGUCUUUUGGGCUUCGUAUUUUAACCAAUAUUCUGGAAAUUAUGAGGUUUAUUACUUUGGAGUUCGUGGAAGAGCUUUGAUUGGUUUUGUCGGUAAUUUUGCCAACCUUAUCGCCUCUCAAAUUAUGAGCAUGCUUCUUGAUUAUCAAGGAUAUCCCGUCAAGAAGCGUCUCAAUAUUGGUUUCUACUACGCAAUUUUCUGGCAUAUAGUAGCUUGGAUAUACGCAUGGAUUGUCAACGAACAGUUCGGCCGUGAUCAACCAGAUCUCGAUUGGACGGAUAAAGAUUUCACAAAAGGAUUUUUUGUUCUCAUAUUAUGGAGUUUCUCACAACAAACCCUACAAAACUGGCUCUAUUAUUUCGUCUCCACCAAAACUGAUAAUAUCUCCGAAUUAUCACGCUUCACAGGUAUCCUACGCGGUCAAGAAAGUUUCGCCCAAGCCGUCUCGUUCGGUAUUAACACGAAGGAUUGGUACAGGGGUCGUGUUCCACUUGCUGUCAAUACUAUUUUACUCGUAAUCUGCCUCCCAACAACCUACCUCGCUCUCCGCGAACAUAUCCCCGUCGAAACACCCAAGAACUACGGUUCAGAUACUGACCCUGACCCUGACUCCGCGGAGCCACAUUCAGAUGAUGAUAAAUCUACGUCUCAAAAAGUAGACGUUAAUGCUGAUGUUACGGCUGUGAAUGGGAAUGGCAAGGAUGAUCCGCAUAUAAAUUUGGCGGUUGGGCAGACGGUGGAGGUGGGGUUGUGA